GUUCGGAGGAGUCACCUGAGCCCUUGCCCAUACCUACAGUGUUACUGGGCUAUGACCGGGAGAGGGAUUUCUUGGCGUUGUCUCCUUUGGCGUUACCUUUCUGGGAGAAGUUGUUACUGGAGCCUUAUGGGGGGCAGCGGGAUGUGGCCUAUGUGGUACUGUGCCCUAAUAGCCCCUCUCUGCUGGCUGCAGCCCGGGCCUUCUUCCAGGAGCUCAGUGCUGUUUAUGAGACGUGCCGCCUUGGGAAGCACCGUCCUCUGGCCAAGGUGUCCAGGGAUGGCCUUGUGCGUGUAGGUGAAGAUGUGGAGCCAGAAAAGCUGGAAGAGCUUGAUGUGGACCAAUGGAUGACUGGACCAUGGGCUGGACAGCAGCACGCCGACAACCUCAGCAAACUUAAACUGUAUGCUUAUGCCUGCAAACAACAGCUAGGUCCCCAGCUGUCAGCCCUGCCUCUGGACAGCAGUCUUCUGCUUCCUCCCAAAGCCCAGGCCCCUGCAAACAACACAUCCUCAGCUCAGCCUGCCUCCUCUGGGCAGACUCAAGCCUGGGCUCCUGAUGGAGAACAAGCUCAAGGUACUGUCAGUUCAGCAAACGCUCCAACCCCGACUGGAGCGACCUCAGGCCAGACCGGGGACACAACUCAAGGAGGGACCAGUGAAUCAAAGGGGACCUCUAGUGCCACGCCACCAGCUAAUACACCAGCAGAAAACCCUGAACUGACUGCAGAGCAGUCUAGAAUUGGCAUCCCCACUGUAGGUGACUCAAUGGACAGCCAUGCCAACCCACCAGCUAUUGUUAUUUACAUAGUGGAUGCUUUUCUUAGCUCAAGUGCAGCGAGAAGUGAAGGGGGAGAGGAAGAAGAGGGUGACGAGAUAGAGGCAGGUAGCAUUUGGCUACUUGGGCUUCUUCGCUGCUACACAGAGAUGCUACAGACUUUGCCUGAGAUGAUGAGACCUGCACUGGUGCUACAGGUGGUGUCAUGCCAGUAUCUUCUCCAGCCAGCCAGUGGUGAGAGCCAUUUGUACCUGCAGCACCUGCGCUCCAUGGCCUUCUCUUGCUACUCCCAGUGCAGGCGUCUGUUGCCCCAGCAAACACACAUUAAGUCCCUGACUGGCUUUGGACCAGUGUCGACUGUCAAUUCUGUACUAAAGGGUCCAGAGCAUCCAAGCCCACUGCAGAUGUAUUGUCCCCCGUUCAUUCUUGGUCCGACCCGUCCCAAGCAGCCAGAACCAGGAGAGAUAUGGGCAGAGCUCCCUCCCAAAUACAAUGUGCUGUAUGUAGGAUACUGCUUAUCACACGACCAGCGCUGGAUCCUGGUAUCCUGCACUGAUCAGCAGGGGGAGCUCCUGGAGACCUGUAUUAUCAACAUUGAUGUACCCAACAGAGCGCGACGACCCAAAGUUUCAGCCAGGAAGAUGGGACUACAGAAGCUGUGGGAGUGGUGCAUUGGCAUCAUCCAGAUGACCUCACUGCCAUGGAGGAUUGUGAUUGGUCGAUUAGGCAGACUGGGGCAUGGGGAGCUAAAAGACUGGAGCUCGCUCCUUGGGGAGCAUUCCCUCCAUUCAAUAGGGUGCCAGCUGAGGGAGGCUUGUCGUAUGUGUGGGAUCUCAGCUGCUGACUCUCCCACGAUCCUGAGCGCCUGCCUGGUAGCCAUGGAGCCACAGGGCUCCUUUGUGAUCAUGCCUGAUGCAGUGACCAUGGGCUCAGUGUUUGGACGCAGCACUGCUCUGAACCUGCAGACCUCGCAGCUGAACACGCCUCAGGAUGCUUCCUGUACACACAUCUUAGUCUUCCCUACUUCUGCCACCACACAGCUGGCACCCAGCUCCUACCCUACAGAGGACAAUAAUGAUGACAUGUUUGAUCUGCCUUUUCCUGAUGAACUGGAGAACGACAUUGGCCAGGACAUGAUGCUGAUCAACCUCCACCCUUCCCCCAACACCUCUCCUGUGCCCUCACCUGGCUCUCCGUCUGGGAUGGGAAUGGGUUCACAUUUCCAGCACAACAGGAGCCAGGGAGAGCGCUUGCUGUCCAGGGACAAUCCACCAGAGGAGCUAAAGCAGCAGCCACUGGCUCUGGGUUACUACGUCUCCACUGCACAAGCAAAUGGACUUCCUCACUGGUUCUGGGCCUCCUGCCCGCAGGCUGAGAGCCAGUGUCCACUAUUCCUCAAGGCGUCUCUCCACCACCACAUCUCCAUAGCCCAGUCAGAUGAGCUGGUGUCAGACAAGACUAAGAGGACCCCUCACCCCUUAGACUCAAAAACCACCUCUGAUGUGCUCAGGUUUGUAUUGGAGCAGUAUAACGCCCUCUCCUGGUUGACGUGUACCCCUGCUACCCAAGAUCGCCAAUCCUGCCUGCCUGUCCACCUGGCUGUACUUAUCCAAAUGUACAAUGCCAUCCUGAACAUGCUUUAGCUGUGUGAGACUUCAAGGACAACUCUUGGGGACUGAUGGUUACCUUCAUUUCCUGUGCCUACGCUUCCUCCUUCUGGGCACCAGAGAGCACCAGAACACUUCCGUCGUUUGGGUACACGUGGAUUUAAUGGUCAAAGAAAGGACAGGGCAAGUCAGACUCUCCCGGGCCUGGAAUGUAAUGAAUAAGAAGAGUGAAAUGCUCUGAACAAUAACUUUAGUUAACUGCAACACCGUGAAAAUCCAGUUUGUACCUUCAAAACUGGCUGUGUGCCAGUUAUGGUGCUUUUCGAGGGAGAAACAGAUGGAUCUAUCCAACUAUGCCCAUUUUACUGACAUAUCACAAUGUUAACUCUCUCCUGAUUGAAGCAGCAUUAUGUCCCACAUGGGCCACAACUCUCAGUGGCAUUUGAAGCAUCAGUGGAUGACAGAAGCUCUCUCUGAGUCUCGUUACAUCCUCACCUGUGAAAAGGGACAUCUGUGCAGGGCCACAUAACUCCAUACUGUACAACCAGCAAAAUGGCAUGACAACACAAACCCAUGGCUUUGUUACAUCAAUUAAUGUGUUAAUGGUGUUUUUAAAUUUUUGUACAGAACUGCACUGUUGAGCUUCUUGGGACUUUGAGUCGGUUGAUGAAACUUUUACCUUUACUCUGAGAGGGGCAAACGUCCUCAUUUACUCCAAAGAGGGAGCAUUUGAUAAUGGCACUUUUUCCUCACCUUCCAAAGUGUUGUAGAUAAGAACACAAUGGAAAAUAUUUGACCAAUUAAGACAGAAGUGUUGUUUAUAAUGUAAGACAUACAUUUGCAAAGAAUUGAGACUUAUUUUUAAUAUUUAAAACAUAAAAAUGAGAAACUUAAACAAGGCCUUUUUUCCCAAUUAACUGUUAAUUGUCUUGGGAGCUGAAAUAAAAUUUGUCAUUUUAAUGCAAUUGUAAAGAUGCCAUAUUUAUACAAAUUAUAUCAUGUCAUAGAAUUUGAUAUAUAUGUAUAUACAUAAAUAUAUAUUACCUCUUCCAAGCAGGCACUUAAUGAUAAGGGUGAUGGAUUCAACCACCUCUUUAGAAAUGGACACAGUAUGAACAUUUAUCACAGAAAAUGCAUUUGAGUUGGUUUUUUUUUUCUUUUUUUUUUCUUUUUUUUUUU